AUGGCGCAUCGGCACGUUGCGGGGUCGAUGAAGCAGCAGAACAAGACACACAAGGCUCGGCAUCGGACAAAGUCGGAACUCAACACCACCAAUAAGGGUCGGAUUGAUGCCUUUAAGAGCAAUGGCGCCAAGAAGCUCGAGCUGAAUCGUCAGCAGCGACGACUGCAGGCGGUGCACAACCGCCAGAACAAGCGCGACCAAGUCGUAGCAGCCAAGCGCAGCCUUGGCACGACCGCCGCCCCGCCGCUCCUCAUCGCUGUCGUAGCUUUGCAUGGGGACGGCAGCGAAGCCAUGCUCAUGGCCAACAUCCUUAACAAUGCCGCUGGUUCAAACGAGGUUCUGACCAGCUUUGGCGAACCACACACCGUAUUCUCAUCUCGCAUCAAGCAACGAUUGACUCUCGUGCCAUGCACGCGCGAUGUUGCCACGAGCCUGGCCUUUGCGCGGGCAGCCAACUCAGUCCUUCUGGUCCGUAAUGUUGAAGAAGAUGCCGAUGCCGAUGCCGAGGAGUUUCAAACGGCGCUGUGUGCACAGGGCGUGCCUACCGUAUCCCACGUCCUAACCGGGCUGCGCAGCAUGGCCGUCAAGCGCAAAAACGAGCUUCGUCGUAUGGCCAGCAAACAAGCCCUUGAGCGCUUUCCCGAGACCAAGGUUCACGCCUAUGAGAAGGAGAGUGAUGGUGCAACCCUGCUCUGGGCGCUGGCCAACCAAAAGCGCCGCCGCGUGCGUUGGCGUGAGUUGCGCAGCCACGUCCUGUGCGAGCGAUUUGCCCACGACGCAGCCACCAAUACGUUGGCGGUCACAGGCUAUAUUCGCGGCCGCAGCUGGAAUGUCAACGCCCUUGUGCACAUCCCUGGUCUCGGUGCUCGCCAGGUCUCUCAUCUGGAUGCGGCUGCAGAGCCUGUCCCCAUGUCCAACGCCAAGCGCCGGAUUCAGGAGGAUGACAUGCAACCCGUGGACGGCGCACAAACGCUAGCCACUGCCCAUCCUGAUUUUCAGCAUUCGCUGGUAGCCGAGGCCGAGGUGUCACCCUUUGAGGGUGAACAAACUUUCCCGACAGCUGAGGAGGAAGCGGCCGCUGAAGCAGAAGCUCAUCGCACUCCGGCGCAGGCAGCAACUGAGAAACUUUUUCAGCGCAAAGUUGUCAAGGUGCCCAAAGGUUGGUCUGACUAUCAGGCGGCCUGGAUUAUUGACGAUGAGACCCUCGAGGACGCACCCCUGGAGGAGGAAGAGGAGGAUGAAAAUGGCCCUCGCCAGUUUACAGCAACCGGCGGAGACGACGACAAUGACGACGCCGCAGCAGAUGAUCUGGAAGACGAAGACAUGGACACGGGCGCCGCUGACUGGGACCAUUAUGACCAGGAAAUGGAUCUCGAUGCAGAGAUGGAAGAUUACAAGAAAUGGCGUUCUGCAGCUGCCGAGGAUGCUGAAUUUCCUGAUGAGGUGGACACGCCCCGCGAUAUGGCGGCCAGUAUUCGCUUCAGCAAAUAUCGUGGUCUGCAGUCUUUCAAGUAUUCUAAAUGGGAUGCCCGUGAGGAGCUGCCCACAGAUUACGCACGCAUCUUCAAGUUCAAGGACUUUAACCUCACCCGGCGACGCGUUUUUCGCGAUCUCGAGUUUCAAGAGCAUGAGGAUGAGGGCACCUAUGCAACCCUUUACGUGCGGGACGUGCCCGAGUCCUGGGUCCAACAAUAUGGCCAGGCCGGUGUGCCCCUCAUCCUGUGGAACCUGCUUGAGCACGAGGCCAAAAUGACCGUCGUCAACUUUACUCUGCAGGUGGAAGAAGGCAUCGUCCCACUCAAAUCCAAGGAACGCCUGAUUUUUGACACGGGCGUACGGCAGUUCGCCGUGAACCCCAUUUUCUCCCAACACAGCACUUUGGACAAGCACAAGUUUGAGCGCUUUGCACAACCAGGCUCCGUGAUUGUGGCUUCAGCCAUCUGCCCGGUGUCCUACCCACCCCUCCCAGCGCUGGUUUAUCGGCAGGACGCCAACGGCAGCUUGACGCUCGUUGCCACGGGCUCCGUGCUCUCCGUUAACCCAGACCGUCUCGUUAUCAAGCGCGUUCGCCUCUCUGGCCAUCCCUUCAAGAUCAACAAGCGAAGUGCCACCAUCCGCUACAUGUUUUUCAAUCCAGACGACAUUGCCUGGUUCAAGCCCGUGGAGGUGGUCACCAAGUAUGGUCGCCGCGGACACAUUAAGGAGAGCUUGGGUACACACGGCCACAUGAAGUGUACUUUUGACCGUCAGAUCAAGGCCGACGACACCAUUCUGAUGAACCUGUACAAACGCGUGUACCCCAAAUGGAGUUAUGAGGACACGGCGGUGGCUGCUGGGCAAGUCAUGAUUCGGCCUCGGUCGAUUGAGGGUAUGGUCAUGUGA